UCUACAACGUUACACAAGCUGUUUCGUAAAUUUUAAAAGCAUAAAUUGUGUAAGGUGAUGUGCACUGACAAAUGAUAUAACAAACGGCGCUGAGUGCACUCGCAGAGAAGUCAGAUAAUCUCAAUCUCUACACACUGAUAGAGCUGUCAGCAGCGAUGUGGGCUUCAGGUCUGUUGCUCUUCCUGGUCGGACUCUGGCAUCAGUCCCGCGCCCAGGGCUCUGAGCCCAUGCUGCGGGUUGUGACGGAGACGAUGCUUCCUCCUGACAGUCUGCACAAUCCCACACAACUCAACUAUGGGAUGGCUGUAACAGACGUGGAUGGGGACGGUGACCUGGAGGUGGUUGUGGCAGGGUACAAUGGACCCAACCUGGUGCUGAAGUAUGACCACACUCAAAACAGGCUGGUUAACAUUGCUAUUGAUGACAGCAACUCUCCAUACUACGCCCUGAGGGACCGAGCAGGAAACGCUAUUGGCGUUACUGCCUGUGAUGUGGAUGGAGAUGGACGUGAGGAGAUCUACUUCCUCAACACCAACAAUGCCUACUCUGGACGGGCAACUUAUUCAGACAAGCUCUUCAAGUUUCGGAACGGCCGUUUUGAAGACCUUCUUAGCGAUGAGCUCAAUGUGCGUCGUGGUGUUGCUAAUCGCAUGGCGGGGCGUUCGGUUGCAUGUGUUGACAGAAAGGGAACAGGCCGUUACUCAGUCUACGUGGCCAACUAUGCUAGUGGCAACGUCGGUCCCCACGCUCUCUUAGAAAUGGACGAGACUGCAAGUGAUGUGGCCAAGGGUAUCAUUGCUCUGUCAGACGUGGCUGCGGAGGCCGGGGUCAACAAGUUCACAGGUGGGCGCGGUGUGGUGGUUGGUCCAAUCUUGAGCCAGUCGAGGUCAGAUGUGUUCUGCGACAACGAGAACGGACCCAACUUCCUGUUCAAGAAUAAUGGAGAUGGGACUUUUGUUGAUAUGGCCAGACAGUCAGGUGUGGAGGACCGGUACCAGCAUGGCAGAGGCGUCGCACUGGCUGACUUCAAUGGGGAUGGAAUGACAGACAUCAUCUACGGCAACUGGAAUGGCCCACACAGACUUUUCCUACAGGGCAGCGACUCUACAUUCCGGAACAUAGCUACUGGAGGAUUUGCUGCUCCCUCGCCUAUUCGCACAGUCAUCGCCGCCGACUUAGACAAUGACAAGGAGCUGGACGUGUUUUUCAACAAUAUUGCUUACAGAGGCAACGCACCUAACAGGCUGUUCAGGGUGUCAAGGAGAGCUGAUGCAGACCCUUUGAUCCAGGAGCUGAAUGUGGGAGAUGCUGCAGAGCCAGAGGGGCGAGGAACAGGUGGCACUGUGACAGACUUUGAUGGGGACGGACAGCUGGACCUGCUGCUGGCACACGGAGAGAGUGCCCAGCAGCCAAUCUCUGUCUUCAAGGUCACACAGGGUUCUUCCAACAACUGGCUGCGGGUCAUUCCACGCACCCAGUUCGGCUCUUUCGCCCGGGGAGCGAAGGUAACAGCCUUCACCAGUCAGAGUGGAGCUCACACACGAAUCAUUGACGGAGGUUCAGGGUACCUGUGUGAGAUGGAGCCAGUGGCACACUUUGGUUUAGGAAAUGAUAAGGUGACGGUACUGGAGGUCUCCUGGCCAGACGGCAGCUCCAUCACUCGAACCUUGCAGUCGGGUGAAAUGAACUCUGUGGUGGAAGUGGCCUAUCCCACAGAAGGAGAAACGUUUCUGCUCGCCAAUGACACCCAGUGUGGUAAUGGUUUUACUGUCAAGAAUGGCCGCUGUGCAGGUCUGUGAGGAUAAUCACAUGAAAUACAAUAAAUAAUUGCAUGGCUUUAGAAUACAUUUCUUUUUGUCUGUGCUUUAAGACGGGGGGCCUUGUUGUUUUCUUUACUCUAUGAGUAGUUUUAAUAUUUUUGUGUUUCUUAUUUUUCUCUUGGACUCAUUAUUCACUUUUCCUUCGACUGCUAAGUUGUUUUUUCUAUGUGCGAUGGCAAAUUCUAAAUAAACUGCUACAAAUCAA